AAAUUAUUGCGAUGUGCAAAAGCAUUAAAUUUUCUUCAGAGUACAGAAAACAAAUUAGUUGAAAAAUAUAAUUCUGAAGAACUAAAAGUUCUUAUAUGUUCAUGUGAUGUACACUCUCCAAAAAUAUCAGAUGCAGAAGAUAAUGAUGAAAAUAAUAAUAAAUAUAUAAACUCACCUUUACACCAGUCAAGACAGUAUAAUGAUGAAAUCUAUUAUAUUAAAAAUCCAGUAUUUCCAACAGAUGCUCCUGAUUGGGCAGUUAAACCUGAAAUUAGAAAGCACAAAUGGCAAACCCUAGAAGUAGAAAAUAAUAAAAAAUGA